CUCCCUUACGUAAGGCGCACUUUGUUUUUUUUUUAACAAACUUAAAUAAAUAAAUGUUCCCCUGCUUUUGUCCAGCGGCAAUAUUGAUACUGUCCUUUUUUUUUACAACAGAUAAAAGAAAAGCACCAUAACAGGAAGAAAUAAAAAUGAACGACAACACAGCAGUGAUCAGGAUGAAGAGAGAUUUUGACAAGUUCAUCAGUGGACAGUCUGGUAGACUUGAUCUGAGUCAGAGUGUGGGGUCAGAUGAUAGCAGCUUCAUGAACAUAACAUCUGGCACAGCAUUAUCAGUUAAAUCUAUGCUGGAAAAAGAAAAGGACAGUAUGUUAAAGGAUGCUGAAUUAUCUGCAGCAAGAGGAACUAUAGCAAAACUUGAGGCUGAAAUAUCUACACUUAAAACAUCAAACAAGAGAGCAAGAAUAGAAUUUGAAAAAGAUUUGGGUUGCUUUAAAGAUGGAAAAGAUAGGGAGAGUGACAAAAUAAAAGAGUUAAAGUCACAGAUCCAAUUUCUAUCUAGUCGUGAAAAAUAUGCUAGGGAAGAUCUAGAGGAAUAUAAAAAAAUGAAAGACAAUUCCAGAUCUGAUUAUGAAACCAAAAUCAUGGAACUAAAAAAGGGAAAUAUGAAACUACAAGAUGAAGUUCAAAAGACAAGACAGACAUUAUCAGAAAAGACUACAGAAUUUAGAAGUGAGUUGUUGAAAUCCCAGUCAAGUUUACAGAGAAAUAUAAAUGAUCUAGAGGAAAGUCAGACUCAGCUAAAACUUCAACAAAGGAGAGUUUCAGAAUUAAUCACAGAAAUAUCUGAGUUAGAAGAGCACAGAACCCGAGCUAACCUUUUAGAACAGCAAUUAAAGGAAUUAGACACAAAAUGUACCCGCAUGGAAGAGGAUACCAUUGUUACAAAGGCAAUGAAAAGUCAGCUGACAUUGUUUCCAGAUAUAGAAAAAGAAGUGAAGAAAUUGAGAGAACAGAAUGCUCAAUUAAGGGAGAUUCAAGAGAACAAUAUGUUGUUAAAAGAGAAAGCUGAAAGUUUAGAAAGAAAGUUAGAAAGAGCUGAGAAGAUAUACACUGAUGCUGCUCAUUUAGAUACGGAGAAUCUGGCACUGAAAUCAAAACUACAGAAAUGGGAACAGGUGGAAAAAGAUGGCAAAUCACCAUCACAGUUAGCAAAGAGACUGACAUGUUUGCAGGAAUCUGAGGCUGUUAUGUUAGAAAGACAAGGACAGCUUCAGAGCAGGAUUCACAGUUUAGAAGAACAUUUGAAUAGUAGUCAACAGAAAUUAGAAACAACUAUAAGUGAAUUACAGAAAGAAAAGUCUAAAGUGGAGCAGAAUGCAGAUUUGAUCAAACGAUUACAGAGAAAACUUUUAUUUGUUACUAAGGAAAGAGAUGGUUUUAAGAAUAUUUUAGAUUCUUAUGAGAGUGAAAUGACAGUGAAUGUUGCCAAACAUGCUACAUCCAGGAUACAACAUUUAGAGGAUACGAUAGACAAUUAUAGGAAACAGGUUGAUCAAUUAGAAGGGGAUCUUCAGAAAGCCUACUCACAAAAUGGAGCUCAAAGGAUGGAUAAUCCACAGACGUAUGUUCCAGUUGUUCCAGCCCAGUCAGAAGUUGAUAAGAAAACUAUCCUAAAACUUAGAGAAAGAAUAUCAGUUUUAGAAAAAGAACUUGAAAAAAGUGAAGAACAGAGAUAUAUAUUAGAAACAAGAAUUGAACAAAGACACUUACAGGGAGACUAUGAUCCAACCAAAACAAAAGUCAUACAUUUUGAAAUGAAUCCAGUUGCUAUGGCAGCAAAACAAAGAGCUGCAGAAUUACAAAGAUUAAGAGAAGAAAACGAAACAUUGAAAGAAAGAAUAAGAGUCCUUGAAGAAUCAGGAGGUCAAGCAAUGGACGUUACAGAACAAGUUCAAAAAAGAUUACAAGAACCGUCUAGUAGCAAAGAGGUUGAUGAAAUGAAAGCUCAGCUAACAAAAGAAGAAUUAAAGAACAAAAGGUUAAUGGAAGCAUUUUCCAAGAAAAGUCAGGAAUUCCGUGAAGUGUGUUAUCAGUUAACGGGAUAUAAAAUAGACUUCCAUUAUACAAAUCAAUACAAAGUAACCAGUAUGUAUGCUGAAUCAAGGGAAGAUUUCUUUGUUUUUCAGCAAGGUGAGAAAAAUGAUAUGCAGCUAUUAUCUACAGAUUUUACAGAGAAUUUAGAAGAAGCUAUAGACUUAUAUCUGUCUAAACACAAAUCAAUACCAGCAUUCUUAAGUAGUGUUACCUUAGACUUAUUUAAAACUCAGACUUUCAAAGUUUAACAUAGAGUUCCUUCAUGUGAUAUACCAAAUGUGUUCAGACUUAUAGUUGUGGUCACACUAUCAAUUUCUAGACAGAAUAGCUACAAAUGGCAUUAAGUACAGAAAAUAUUUUGAUCAUUUUUGAGAAAUGAUUUGUCAUCGUUAUAUGAUGGCAAAUUCGAGAAAUUUCUCUCAGGAAAUUGCAGCAUCUAGUUUUAAUUAUGAAAUAAAUUGCAUUGAUAUCUAUAUUGUAAAAAUUGUUUACUAUUAUAAAAUGAAAUCGGUAGUGGAAAUAAAUGAAUUUUCAUGAU